UUCUGUUUUUUGAUUCCCAUAAUUUUAUUCUUGGAUAGUUGUUUCGAUUAAUGGAUGAACAGGAUAUUCAAAUAUCCUUUUUGAAGAACAGUUGUGCGGAUAAAGUUAACAAUAGUGUUGUUGGUGAAUUUCCGGCUGGUUUGAAGAUUCUCAUAGUUGAUGAUUCUAGAACAUGUCUCCUAGUAUUAGAGAUAAUGCUUCGAAAGCUUUUAUAUGAAGUUACCACGUGUCGGUUAGCGAAGGACGCCCUUGCUUUGCUUCGAGAAGACAAUGAAAGAUUUGAUAUUGUCAUAUGUGAUUUACAUAUGCCUGAAAUGGAUGGGCUUAAGCUUCUUGAUAUCAUAGGAUUAGAAAUGGACUUGCCGGUUGUUAUGAUGUCUGCAGAUGAUAAAAGAGGAGUUAUUAUGAAGGGAAUAAUCCAUGGAGCUUGUGAUUAUUUGGUAAAACCAGUUCGCUUAGACUCGAUUAGAUUCAUAUGGCAGCAUGUGCUUCGUAAGAAAAGACGUGGCUUGGGAGAGUUUCAGCAGCCAGGGAACAACGUUAAUGACAGGUUAUUGCAAUUAGAACAAGCUAAGGAUGCUGAUCAAAUGCCCGCGAGAGAUAAAGGGAGCCUGCCAAGCUUGAAACGGACAAGGGAAGAUGAAGAUGAAGAUGAAGAUGAAGAUGAUGGUGAAUUCUCUGAUGAAGUGACAACUACGAAGAAGCCGAGGAUGAUUUGGACCCAAGAGCUCCAUGAUAUGUUUGUUGCUGCCGUAAAUCAACUAGGACGUGACAAGGCUGUUCCCAAGAAAAUUUUGGAGCGUAUGCAAGCUAUGAAUGUUACUGGUCUUACAAGAGCAAAUAUUGCCAGUCAUCUUCAGGUAACGUUCUACUUUCAUGAAAUUCCUUUAACAGGUUCUAGAUUAUUCGAGAACUAA